UGUAAACAAGUCUAACAAAAUAAAUAUACACAUUCAUUAUUGUAAAAACUCCUUAGUAUGUGUUAUGUUUUUAUAGCUGUGCCAUUUAAGCCAUGAAAUUAAGUUUUUAAGUUCACUGACUGAAUUCGCAUUUUAUUUGAUCAUCUAGGACAUCUAAGAAGGAAGGAGCAGGAGCACGAAGUACUUUGCUUUCUGAAGGUAUUUAUUGAACAGCAAUUUUCUUAACUAGAUCAUUAUCAGAUAGAACCAAUUUAAAACAACUAUAACUCAGUAUUUAUGAGAUUUUUUACAGUAUAUACAUUAUGGCAAGGUUUUUGAUAACAAAUUUGUUUUUCCUGAUGGUAUUUUUAUCCUAUGUAUACACACAAAAAACAGUUAUUUACGAUAUCCAGUCACCUCAAUCAAAUGGAGAUUAUUAUAAGAAAUGUGCUGUAUCUGUAUUAUGCGAUACAAAAUCUAAGUACAGAACUUUUAAUGGAUCGUGUAAUAAUUUAAAAAACGUUUUAUGGGGAUCAAGUAAGACACCACACAUUAGACUUUCAGACGCUGUUUAUAGUGGCGGUGAACGAGAGUUACGAAAGCAAUCUAACGGAACACCAUUACCUGGUCCUCGAGAAUUACAAUUGGACCUUUUAACAGAACUUUCUACUAAUUUAUAUGAUAAUUAUUAUAAUGUUCACUUAAUGCAAUGGGGACAAUUUUUAGCACACGAUAUUCAUUUUAUGCCACCGGAUGCAUCUGGACCUCCAGAUUGCUGCACUGUCCAAAAUCAAACUAAUAUCCCAUAUCAGUGUCGAACAGUAAUUAAAUUAUCUAAAAACGAUCCAGUAUUUGGAAAAAGAGGACGAACUUGUUUACCUUUUAGAAGAGCAUUAACUUCAUCAAAUUUUAAUUGUACUCAAUUGCCAAACUCAUUUUUAGUGCAAACGUCACAUUACAUAGAUGCAUCUCAUGUAUAUUCAUCAGAUAAAAAUGUAGCUGAAUCUUUAAGAACCAUGAAGAAUGGUCAGUUAAGGUCAGAGUUACUUCCCAAUGGUCAGCAGUUCUGCCCUCAGCGUAAAAGAGAUUCAUCUUUUUGUAAUGGUCGAGAUAAUGUCAAUUCGUGUUUUGAAGCCGGAGAUUUUCGAGUGAACCAGAAUUUUGGAAUUGCUUCUUAUCAUGUAAUAUUUUUGAGGCUUCAUAAUAUUUUAGCAAGUUAUUUCCAAAAAUUAAAUAGUCAUUGGUCAGAUGAAAUAGUUUACCAAGAAGCUCGUAAAGUUAUUGGUGCUAUAAUUCAGAUAAUCACGUAUAAAGAUUUCAUUCCAAGUAUACUUGGAAAGCAAUUUUCUGAGCAAAUGGGACUUUCUAUUUACAAAAACAAAACAGUUUACAAUGAAAAACUUAUGUCCUCGACGGGGUUAGAGUUUGGGGUUGGAGCUUUCAGAAGUUUACAUGCGAUAAUACCAACUGAAUUCAAAUUCGCGAAUAAUAAUCAUACAUAUAUAACAGCAAUAAAUAUAACUGAUUGGAUGAAUAAACCAGACUCAAUUCUGUACAAUUCCAAUAUUGAUCAUCUAAUGAUAGGCAUGUCCGAUUUUGCAAGCAGAAGGAUUCAGCCUUCUUACAAUAAUCUUAUAUCAAAUUAUAUGAAUCAUUAUGAUAGAUCAGGAUCGUCAGAUAUGAGUUUGAUUUCCUCUGAUAUACAAAGGGGCCGUGACGUUGGAUUGCCACCAUAUACGGUUAUUAGAAAACAUUGUGGACUACCGGAUGUGAAAACCUUUGAAAAUCUUAAUGAUGUUAUAGCGUUAAAUAUGCUAGCCAAAUUAAAAAAACUUUACGCUUCAGUUCAUGAUAUUGAUUUGAUUGUGGGAAUUUUAUUGGAAAAUCCAGCGAAAGACUCUAUGUUAGGUCCAACGGCUAGAUGCAUUAUAGCCGAUGGAUUUUAUAGAUACAGAUACGGUGACAGAUUUUUCUUUGAUGUCGAAGGACAGCCUGGCAGCUUUACUUUAGAACAAAUAGAAAUAUUACAAAAUAUUAAUAUAGGACACAUUUUAUGUCUCACCACAAAUAUAAAAGAAGUAUCCACUCAGUUUUUCCGAUUAUCAUCUGAAAAGAACUCAAUAGAAAGACUGCAAUGUAAGGACGUAAGAAAAAUGAUGAAAUUUGUAGCAUGGAAAACCAACAGUUCAAUAGAUUAAAUGAUAUAUAAAAGUGAAAUUUUUUUCACUUUGGUUAAGUAUAGAAAAUAUUAGAAAAUAUUUUUUGAAAUAAAAAUUAAUAUAUAAUUAUUA